UUCUCCCCGGCGCUUCGGUGAACUUUGGCUACCUGGACGGGAAGUCCGGCCUUUCUGUGGUUAAGCACGCAGUCAACUGAUCGAACACAGACAGGCCGGUGCUCUCCUUUUUCCUUAUUUCUCCCCAAAAAGAAAGGCUGCUCUUUUGUUCUAUUGACAGCUGCCCCUCCUGCCCUCGCCUUCCAGGCCGACCUUCGGAAGGCAGAGGGAGGGUCUCGGGGACAGAGUCCUCUGGGACUGGAAAGUUAGGAGUCGCGCCAGCAAUUUCUCUGGACUGCCCUGUCACUGACCUGUAGGAGAUCUGCACAGGCCUUAUCUCGUUUCAGAUUUCGUAGACUGUGAGUUCCUGCACAUCGAAGCCGUGUCUCAUUCAUUUCCCGGUUUCGAGUACUUAGAAUUAGGACUAAGUCUAUAUUAUGAGCGUUGGAUCUUAUUUAUCCAUGAGAGACUCACAGAGGCAGAGACCUAAUGAGAGGGAGAAGCAGGCUCCCUGCAGGAAGCCUGAUGUAGGACUGGAUCCCAGGACCCCAGGAUCAUGCCCUGUGCUAAAGGCAGAAGCUCAACCACCGAGCCACCCAGGACUUCAAGUACUAUGUGGAAUAGAAGUUAUGAAAGUGCGCAUCCUUGCCUUGCACCAGAUCUAAGAAGAAAAGCUUUUUAGUUUUUCCCAACUGAUUAUAUUAGUUGCGCGCUUUUCACGUAUGGCCUUUAUCAUCUUGAGGAUUUGGGGGCAACUUGUGAUCCUGAUUAAAGAACAUAUCUGAGUCCGCAAGGUCACGCUGACGGUCAAGGCCUGAGCUCCUGCUUUUUUAGAGCAGGACUGAAGAGCGCUGGCAGGACUGCUGGAUUUAAAACCAAGGGGACUGAGACAGGACCGGAAUCGCUGUCCCUGGUGCAUCACAGAAACGGCAGGAGAUGGCACAGCUGCACCGCCCUGGGUGGCAGCUGGGCCGGGAACGCGGGGCGGUGCGUAGGAUCAAGCUCUCCCCGGCCCAUCGGCAUCUCGGGUCGGGCCGGGUCACUGUUGUCUCAGAAGUGAACAGGAUGCUCCGAGGCGUGUCACAGCAGACGACCAACCGGCUCCACGCUGGCGUCUAAGUCCGUCCUCGCGGCAGGGCUGGGACGCAGGUUUUAUCGGCCCCACUGUGCAAAGCCGCCGGUCGAGCAUCCUGCGCUCGGUCCGCUGCAGAGCGGGGGCCGGGGUCCGCGCCCCUCCGCGCCCCUCGCGCCCACCCAUCGGCCGGCCUUCGCCCGCGGAGGAUUUCGGAGCACGGAGGACGCCUUUUCCGCCAGCCCGAGCCUUUCGGUCCGCGAGUGAAGCAGCAUGGAUGCCGUCAGCCAGGUCCCCAUGGAAGCCGCACUCCCCAAGCACAUCCUGGAUAUCUGGGUCAUUGUCCUCAUCAUCCUGGCCACCAUUGUCAUCAUGACCUCCUUGUUGCUGUGCCCAGCCACCGCGGUCAUUAUCUACCGCAUGCGGACUCAUCCUGUCCUCAACGGGGCUGUCUGAAAUCAGUGUCCCAAGAGGGGCCGGGGAGAAACAUGGAUAGUAUCUCCUCCCCCAGCCUCUUCCUUCUCAGAAAAGCAGCAGGAGGGGCUUUGGAGUGUGGACUCUGGAGCUUGAUGUGUGAGAGGAGACCGGAGUUCUUGUUUGGAUUUUGCCACCGGCCAGCUGUGUGAGUUGGGUCAAGGGACCUAACUCUGUGGGUUCCAGGUUCCCACAUGGGGAUCAUGGGGGAUCUAAAUGGGGAUCAUGGUCCUGCCCUUCCUACCUCAGAGGGUUGUAAGAACCAAUGCCUUGGGUGGAGGUUAAAGCUGUUUGUGGCUAUGAAUGGUAAAGCCACCACAGAUACACGGGGGUUAUAAUUGCUGACAAUGCCCUUCAGGGUGGUGACGAAGACACUGGGGGCAGAGCAGCCUUUGCCAGUGCCCCUCAGGUGGAACCAAGCAAAGAUACCCUGUCUGCAUUCCAAGGGGCCAGCAGGGUUUUGGCUCAAAGUCAUUUUCUCUGUGGUGCCACUCCCUCAAGUUAACCUAAUUUGGAGGGAACUGAGUGUGGCAGGAGGAGGGAGAUGGGUAGAACUUCCUAGGACCUUCCUGUGCCAGAAUGUCUACCCCUGUAACAGUCUAGAGGAUGGCACUGCCAUUUCUUGGCAAGGCCGAGGGACCUGAGGUGAUGGGCUUCUUUCUGCAUUGGAGUCUCCUCACUUUGACACUCAAGCUAUGUGUCACAACACAGGGUGGCUGAGUUCCCUGGAUGGCUUUCAGGAUCUCCAGCCCCCACCAACUUGUGUGCCUCACACUCAAGAAGCUGUGUCCCCUCACCCCAGCACCUGCUCUAACCAGCUCCGUGGUGUCAAGUGUACGCCCUUCAUCCCCUCCCACCAGCACUGCAGCCAGUCUAAGCUACAGAUUUUAAGAGAUGUUCCCAGGACUUUUGGAACUCACUCAAGACAGCGAUGAUUAUUUUAGAUGCUAUGAUCUAUAUUUAUAGAGAGAUUUCUGGACCACUCAAGCUCUUUGACCAAAAUCAGGAACAUCUUGGGAUUUAUUAAAUUAUGUAAGAAGAUAUAGCACAGAUAUCAGAAUAUUGUGUGGAAGUGAUGCUGUUACUUUGGUCUGAUUUCAUUGAUGUAUGCGACCAGUUUCCAAUAAAGUGCUAGAAUGACCA